AUCAUUCCAUAAGCUUCUUUACUACCACCAAUCUCUUCCUCUUCCCUUCAUCUGUACCUUCAAAAGCCUUUUGCUUUUAUUCCCAUCUCAAACCCAUAAUAAUGGGAGCUUCUGAAUCAGUUCCUCAAAAAUCAAUCCAUGAAUUCACUGUCAAGAAUAGCAAAGGCCAGGACGUGGACCUUAGCAUAUACAAAGGAAAGGUUCUCUUAGUGGUUAAUGUUGCCUCUAAAUGUGGGUUUACAGAUUCGAAUUACACCCAGUUGACUGAUCUUUACAACAAAUACAAGGACAAAGGGCUAGAGAUCUUGGCGUUCCCAUGCAAUCAGUUUUUGAAGCAAGAACCUGGUACCAGCCAAGAGGCAGAACAAUUCGCUUGUACGAGAUACAAGGCUGAAUAUCCUAUUUUCCACAAGGUUCGUGUCAAUGGGCCAACUACAGAACCUGCCUACAAGUUCUUAAAAUCAAACAAAUCUGGAUUCUUGGGAUCUAGGAUAAAAUGGAACUUCACCAAGUUUUUAGUUGAUAAGGAUGGUCUUGUCCUUGCUCGCUAUAGCCCAACCACCUCACCGCUGGCCAUAGAGGGAGACAUCAAGAAAGCAUUAGGAGUGGAUACGUGAAAGAUUUACGAGUUCGAGUGGAAAUGAAAAUACGAAACAAUGUGUAGAUGAAAGUGUUAGCCCUCAUGUAAUGGUAACCUAUGGCUUGAGUUGUAAAAUAGCAAGUAGUCUACCACUGUGCUGAUUUCUUUGUUGCAUUUGAGCUUAUUAGUUUCCUCUUUGAACUUCAUUGUCACCCAUGCCUGAUGCAACGAUUUAGAACUGUUUCAGAAUGCAGACUGUGUUACUUGGAUUCA